AUGGUUAUGCGUUCGGAGCUCUAUCAGCGUGGCCUGUGCUCUUUCGAGUACUAUUCGGAUCCGUUCCAGUGUCAGACAGAAUCACUGGAAUUUUCAAUUUACGGAAUUGAUGAAAAUAACCAACAGUUCCGAAGGAUGGAACAGUUCUUCUGUAUCGAUCAUGGACGCAUAGUGACCACUGUGGCUCCAAAUGUGACAGCUCCUGUAACGGUACCGGUUGUUCCCACAACACAGCCCAUAAUAACACCAACACAAUCGUCACCUGUGGUUUCAACGUCACCAGGAGAUCAUCUGACCACAGCAGUGACCAUGGCUCCUCCAACAGUAUAUCAGUUCGACAUUCUCUUCCUUAUCGACGUCAGUCAGGAAGCUCAAAAUCGACUGGACGACAUGAACAGCUUCGUAACAUUAUUGAUGUCGGGUUACGACGUCUCUCAGCAGAACGCCCGUGUGGCAUUGAUGGCGGUCGGAAGUGGUGCGUUGGGUGCGAUCCCACUGGCGAACUUCAACACCAUCAGUUCAUAUCAGAAUCUGCUCAAUUACGUCAACACAGUGAGCACGUACACAGACUUCGGAGAUCCUGGGCAGGCGCUUGGACAGGCUUUGAACAUCGCAGUGAAUAACGACUUCAUGCAGUCCGGAUAUCGUACCAACCUCAAGAAUCAUGUGAUUGUUUACGUCACAGCUACUAGCAAAUUCGACGACCAACCACAACCACUUGCUCAAAAGAUCCGUAGUGCCGGUAGCUACGGUAUCAUUACCGUCGGGUACGGACCACUUGUGACCGAUCCAAAUGCCCUUCAGGGCAUCUCUGGUGGAGCCAGCUGCUCCUUUAUCGCGAACGAUUCACCGGGACUCAUGGACCAGGUUGCUGCGGUGAAGCUGCUCAUCAACAAGGCUGACACGAAUGGUGGAAAAUACUGCUAG